UUAUUGAAGCGGACGCCAUCGAGACGAGGUAGCAGCGACAAUGUUGAAGGGGUAGGCCCGGGCCUAGAGUCACACGUCACAGCGCGCCCGUUUACAGCCAGCUGAGCGGGGGCCCCCCAGCGCCAGGCGGCCCGGCGGCACUUCACGGGACGAGAGAAAGAGAGACCGACAGAGAAAAGACAUGGACGUGGACAUGGACUUAGAUCAAGACCUGAUGCAGAAAUUUAGCUGCAUGGGAACCACAGACAAGGAUGUGCUGAUUUCCGAGUUUCAGAGGCUGCUGGGCUUCCAGCUCAACCCGGCCGGCUGUGCGUUCUUCCUGGACAUGACCAAUUGGAAUUUGCAGGCCGCCAUUGGUGCUUACUAUGACUUUGAGAGCCCAAAUAUAAAUGCACCUUCUAUGUCAUUUGUAGAAGAUGUUACAAUAGGAGAAGGGGAGUCUGUACCACCUGACACUCAGUUCACCAAAACAUGGAGGAUACAGAAUACAGGCGCAGAGCAAUGGCCUCCUGGCGUGUCCCUGAAAUAUGUGGGAGGGGACCAAUUUGGACAUGUUAACAUGGUGAUGGUCCGGUCACUGGAGCCUCAGGAAGUUACCGACGUCAGUGUUCAGAUGCGAAGUCCAACUACGCCAGCAAUGUACCAGGGGCAGUGGCGCAUGUGUACAGCUACCGGCCUUUAUUUUGGAGAUGUGAUUUGGGUGAUACUGAGUGUUGAAAUCGGAGGCCUUUUAGGAGUUACACAGCAGCUUUCUUCAUUUGAAACAGAAUUUUCUUCGCAACCCUGUCGCAAGAUUGAAGGCAAUUUUAACCCUUUCGCUUCACCACAGAAAAACCGGCAGUCUGAAGACAACAGUGUGAAGGACCCUGGGGGCCAAAGUACAAAUGUCAUUAGUAAAAAUGCAUGGGGCCCAACUGAAGACCAAAAUGAACAAGAGCAAAAUGGACUGUCGCAGAACUCUGUAAAUAUCUCCCCUAACAGUCACUCUAGCAACUUAUCAGUGGUGACUUACAGUCAGAUCCAGCCCUGCUCAAAGAUUCUGGAUGUGACCUAUUCUCAUGGCACUAAUGCUGUUCCAGAGGAGGAGAACGAAAAUAGACCAAGUAAUGGAGAAGGCAAAUCUCAACUGCCCUUUGGAAGCACAGAGCAUUUAACCCACUAGCAUGGUUGAAUGUGUCUCUCAGGCCUAACCAUGGACCUACAUCUACUUAGCAAAAUGUUUUAGGAUUAAAGAGGCAUCAACCACCCUUGUCUUUCUCAUUUCUGUAUAGUAAGCUGGAAGAACACUUCAAGAACAUAAAGCAUAGAAUAAAAAAAACCCAUGGUGUAUCAAUUUUGUUCUACAUCAAAUUAUAGUGGUCUAAGAACUCGAAGAAGAAAAAAGUCAAUUGAGGGUGGAAAGGAGUAGAAGAUAAGGGUAAGAUUUGAACAGUGAGAUGAGGAAGGGUAACCGGUGGGAAUUGAGAGUAGAGAAAAAAUUGGAAUAGUGAAAGACAAACAGGAAGAAGUAGGAUGAGAGUAGUGGAGAACUGAAGGAUAAAUAAAUGAAGAUGGGGAGAGCACUGAAAUGAAAGAUGCAAAAGAUGACAAGAAAUCCAAUAUCUUCAGUAGAAUGAAUUUGGAAGGCAGUGUGCGUACGCCAAUGCUGUUCGAUAGUUUAACAUUACUGCCUGGGAAAUGAAUUUCUAGGCAUAUUUUCCACUGAGGUGGUUUCUCAUCCAAAAUCCAAAUAUUGACUUAGUCAAUGCAGUUUCAAUUGCUAGAACAAUUCUCCUCUCUGAAGAGUCAGUCCAAUGAACCUUUGCACAUCGUCUAAGUCAAGAAUAUCCUGCCUUAAGUUAACAGACUAAACUAUGCACUAUAUUAUAGGUGUGGUGUCUCCAUUAUCCUAUAUAAUUGCUGUAAAAUGUGUGUCCCAAUCAUUUUAUAAUAAAGAAUAAGAUAUCUCCU